GGCCCCGCGCCCUCCCCUAAUUUUAUGCUGCCCGCGGGGCAGGUCAUCAGCCACCACCGUGUAGUUUAUUCGCCUCGUCUCCCCCGUCGGUCGCCGCGCCGUCGAGUGGAAGGAAUUUCUCCGAGUCCGUCGCCCCCUCCCUCCCCUUCGCUCGCAGCUUAAUUCGUUCCGACUAUAAGCAAGAUGUCAGCAAAUGUUGGUGAAUCAACGAGUGCUGGCAGCAGCGGCGACGCAGCUGGGGGGAGUUUUGAGUGCAACAUAUGCUUUGAGCUGCCACAAGAGCCAAUAGUGACGCUUUGCGGCCAUCUCUUCUGCUGGCCAUGCCUUUACCGGUGGUUGCACAUCCAUGCACACUCACCAGAGUGCCCGGUGUGCAAGGCCCUUGUCGAGGAAGACAAGCUUGUUCCCCUUUAUGGACGAGGCAAGGACCGUGUUGACCCAAGAUCAAAGAACAUGCCUGAAUCUGACAUUCCUCACCGCCCGACUGGCCAGAGGCCUGCCACAGCCCCACAGGCUGAUACUAACAACAACAACAACAACUUCCCCAAUGCCAAUGGGAACCCAUGGUUCAUGGGCACAGGAGUCCCAUUGGCGAAUGCACGGUGGGGGAACUAUGCAUUCUCGGCUGCUUUUGGGGGCCUGUUCCCUAUGCUUAGCUUCCAAGUCCAUGGAUUUCCAGAUGCUGCUGCUUAUGCGCAGCCUCCUGGGUUCCACUAUGGGUACGGCCAUGGGCAUGGCUUCCAUGGUGGGCAUAUGGGACACACCCAUGGCGUCCACAGGCAAGCACCAUUGGGGCAACAGCAGCAGGCAGACAUCUACCUGAAGGCCCUGCUCCUCACAGUUGGAGUUUUAGUGAUUGCAAGCCUCCUUGCAUUUUGAAGCUGUCGACAACAUCCACCUGGAGGCCCUGCUCAUCAUGGUUGGAAUUCUAGGGGAUGCAAGCAUGUCUUUGACAACUUUACAUUGUGAUGGACUUAAGAAUUGUCUUAUAUCAGUGUUGAAUCUGUAUUAUAGCUUGGUGCUGAAUGUUGCGUAAGUUAUUCGUGUAUUUGCAUGAAGUGUCCAUAGAAUAUGUAUUUAGCUCUAGAUACGUAUUAACGUUUUACUACACCCUAUAUAGUAUUAGGAGGAACCUGGUGCAAUUAUUAUUGCUUAGUUUUGAUGAUUUUUGGAGGUGAACGUGAUGUACAAUUGUUUGGAAGUCAUCUCCCCGCAUUGCAUUUGUAAUCUGUACCCAUUUAGACUGGACAUGGAUAGCACCAGACAGAAUAUAUGAGAAAUAGUGUUUUGUGUGUCUGAA